CGGCUCGGCGCCCCCCGAGCCGCCCUCGCCGGAGCUGCCAGCAGGCCCCGGCUGUGUCUGCCUCCCCCGGGGCUUCUCCGGAGGCUGCUCGGUCUCGCUAUAAGUAAUAGUGGCUCCCACGCCGAGGCUUCAACAAGGCGCAGCUUCUUCCUCGGCAACUCCCGGGAGCCCCGAGGGCAGCGUGUGUGUGUGUGACCCCAUGGCGUUGCUCCUGAGACUCGGCUGCUCGCUGCUGGCCCUCAGCACCUGCCUGCUCCCGAGGGCGCGGGCCGACUGCGGCCGCGACUGCGCCGCCUGCGCCUACCGCCUGGGACCCCGCGCCGGCAUCCACCCCCUGGCAUGUACACUAGAAUGUGAAGGAAAACUGCCCUCUGCCAAAGCCUGGGAGACCUGCAAGGAGUUCUUGCAACUGGCAAAGCUGGAUGUCUCUGAGGAUGGCAACAUUGCUCCGGAUGACAAGAAAGAGCUGGAUGAGAACCAUUUGCUUGCGAAGAAGUACGGAGGCUUCAUGAAAAGAUAUGGGGGGUUCAUGAAGAAAAUGGAUGAGCUCUAUCGAGCGGAACCAGAGGAUGAAGCUAACGGAGGAGAAAUCCUGGCUAAGAGGUACGGAGGCUUUAUGAAGAAAGACUCAGAUGACGAUGCCCUUGCCAACUCCUCUGAUCUGCUGAAGGAGCUUCUAGGAACAGGGGAUAACCCUGAAGCGGCGCACUAUCGAGAGGUAAAUGAGAACGACGGUGAUGUCAGCAAAAGGUACGGAGGCUUCAUGAGAAGCAUAAAGCGCAGCCCUGAAUUGGAAGAUGAGGCCAAAGAGCUGCAAAAGAGAUACGGUGGCUUCAUGAGAAGAGUGGGCAGGCCAGAGUGGUGGCUGGAUUACCAGAAACGAUAUGGUGGGUUUCUUAAGCGCUUUGCCGACUCCAUUCUCCCUUCAGAAGAAGAUGGGGAAACUUACUCCAAAGAAGUCCCAGAGAUGGAAAAGAGAUAUGGUGGUUUUAUGAGAUUUUAAUACCUUUUCCUUUAUCCCUUUUGUCCUAAAUGAGAAAGACUGCCUUAUUUGUCAUAACUUAUUGUAAUGUGUUGCUUGUACUGUACAGUUUUUUACUGUCCUUGGUUAAUGAUGCAAACUGCGAUUUGUUGUUUCAGGUUCCGUGUUCUUUCAAGUCAAUUAACUAAUUUCUGGUUUAGUCAAGUUUCAGUCUGUAUUGUAAUUCCCAUGCUAGAACUAUUUUGAUUACUGUAUUCAUUUUCUUUAAAGAGGAACUACAUCUACAGUAGAGUUGCUUAACUGUACAUACAAUAAAUUCUUCAUCCUAACUGCAAAAA